ACCAAAUUGCGACUAUCAACAUGGCGUCUAGUCAUCAGGCUAAGUUACUAGCAUCUGUUUGCAUUUUGUACGAGCUGGAAGAGGUUGAAAAACGGAAAAAAAAUGAUAAAAUGAAAAGGUGGUGGGUUCGUCAAUUAAACAGGCAAAGGAGAGCACAAGGAGAUUUUCUGCACUUGGUUCAAGAACUAAGAACCGAUGAGGAGCAGUUUAAUCUGUAAUUUCGCAUGAGCCCUCAAAUAUUUGAUGAGUUGCUGGCUUUGGUUGGUCCAUCUCUUCGUAGGCAAGAUACUCAAAUGAGGCAAUCAGUUGGACCUGCUGAAAGACUAGCAAUCACAUUAAGAAGAUUGGCUACAGGUGAUAGCCCACAGUCUAUAGCAUUUGCUUAUCGUCGUGGGGCUAGCACAGUUCGUGCGGUUGUUUACGAUACGUGUAAUGCACUUUGGAGAGUUCUUGUCCCCACAUACAUGAAGGCUCCUUCGCAACCUAGUGACUGGAAGAAAAUAUCUGAAGGAUUUGCUUAUACAUGGAAUUUUCCAAACUGCAUUGGAGCACUAGAUGGAAAACAUAACGCUAUUCAGGCUCUGAGAAACUCUGGAUCUUUAUAUUUCAAUUAUAAAAAACACUUUUCCUUGGUGUUAAUGGCUUUGUGCGAUUCCCAGUACAAAUUUAUCUUUGUGGAUAUUGGUGAAGCUGGAAGAUGGAGUGAUGGGGGAGUUUUUGCUAAUUCACAAUUUGGAUCAGCUUUUUUAAAUGGUGAGAUGCAUCUACCUGCUGAUGAGCCUUUACCAGGAACAAAUGAAAGCCUUCCCUAUACUGUGGUUGCAGAUGAGGCAUUUCCUCUUAAAACCUGGAUGAUGCAACCUUAUCCAGGAAGGGUACUGGAUUGCCUUCAAAAGAGAGUUUUCAACUACAGAUUGUCAAGAGCUCGGCGAACAAUAGAAAACACCUUUGGUAUAAUGGUAUCCAAGUGGCGAAUACUUAAAACAACCAUUAUUUGCCAUGUAUUUUAAUUCAGAAGUUGGUCAACUUUCAUGGCAGCAAGAAUAUGUGAAAAGAACUCAUUGAUAUAAUUUUAUUUUACUUUUUUGUUGUAAUAUAGAUAAAGCACCAUUAUUUUUCAUUAUAUUCAAUGUCAAAAAGAACAUCCUGGAUUC